CAUCAUCCUCGUCUCAACUACAGUUUAAGUCUGAGCCCUGACGGAACACUCAUGCAGAAACUCACUCACUCUCUUUCAGUGUGACCUCGACCCCGGCACAGAAAAUGGUGACUGGAGGAUUUGUGCAGAUGCUCAGGAAGAGAAAGGAGCUCAUCCCUCUGAUCGGCUUCAUGGCGUUUGCAGCGACGGGAGCCACAUCAGCCUGCAUCUACUUCCUGUUCACCAAAACAGAUGUAAUAUUGAACAAAACCUCAAACCCUGAGCCGUGGGAGAGACUCGACCCGAAUAAACCACAAAAGCUCAUCACCAUUAAUCAGCAGUGGAAGCCAGUGGAGGAACUGGAGAUUGUGAAGAAACUGACCAAGUAAAAUUAUCAUCUCAGAACAACGUCUAAACUUUUGCUCUCUCUCUCUCUGUGUGUGUGUGCAUAGCUUUACCUGCUGAUGAUGAAGAAAUAAUUACUGAAUGAAAAGUAGUGACACACUGAAGUGCACUGUAUCAGACCUGCAGUCAGACUUUAUUGUGAUAUUUAUGGAUUUAAUUUCAUGAGAGAUUAAUGUAUAAUGAUGUCUUUAUUACAGCACAGAACACUGACACUGCUGAAGUGAUCAUGUGAUUCCUGAAUGGGAUGAUUAAUGUGAUGAUUAAACACCGUCUGUAACUCUGUAACUGUGCUUUGUGACAAAGUGAAAGAAUGUGAAUAAAAUUAACCUGAACUAAA